CGUAUCUAAGGGUUCCAUUUUAUCACCUAACAAAAGGGGGGAGGCUGUGCCGAAAUAUCGGAGACAGCCAAGACAGAGCUAAAGGAGAGGAGCAGUGCUUAGAGGACUUACCACUGGGAGACAUAAGCAGCUUUCUAACUCUCUGAAUUGGCCUUCAACAAGUCCAGAUAUCAGUAUGAAGAUACCAGGGUCAACUGCGCCCCCACCAGGGCAGGAAGAUGACUGGGCGCCCCAGGGUCAAGUGGCUAUUAAAAGAAGAUCCAGAGUCCCUGGAGUUAUGAUAACACAGUUUGUGGAGGAAGUACCAGAGGGCAUGUCCACCCCCGACUUCACCCGCAAGCCCAUCGCUUUGACGAUCCAAGAGGGUAAAUUAGCCUUUUUCAAAAGUAUGGUAAGCGGAGUGCCUAAACCAAACAUCACCUGGGCCAGGAACAAAGGCCCGCUGGAGGAUCCAGUGAAGUAUAUCAGUAGAUAUGAUGAGACUAUGGAAGAAUAUUUUCUUGAGAUACCCAAUGUAAGAGCAGAACAAGCUGACACCUACAAAUGUUUUGCCGCCAAUGAAUAUGGAAGAGCAGUUUGCACUGCCACCUUGAAUGUUAUUGAGGUUGGAUUCAAGAAGAAAGCGACAACAGGUCCAAAAAGAGCGGCACCAGAGGAUUUCAGAAAAAUGCUUAAGAGGAAGGUUGUACGAACUAAACCACAACUAAAGAAGAAGGAGGGAGAGAUUGAUCCAAAGUUCUGGGAGGUGUUGCUGAGCUCACCUAAGAAGGACUACGAGAAGGUCUGUAUGGAGUAUGGAGUCAGUGACUUCCGCUGGAUGCUGAAGCAGCUGAACCUAAAGAAGAAAGAGAGAGAGGAGGAACAGGCAAAGGUUGUUGAAAAAAUUGAAAAUCUUAAACAUAUUGAGGUGAAAAGAGAUGGCUCAGCAGAGUUUGAACUGGACAUGGAACUGAAGAAUCCCAACAGUCAGGUAUUCCUAUUCAAGGAUGGGGUAAUGGUUCCCUAUUCUGACGACGGCAGCGGGAAGCACAACCUAAACAAAAUUGGCAAAAAGUAUAUCUUUAGCAUCAAUGACCUGAUGCCAGACGACGCUGGGUUGUACCAGGUGGACGUUGAGGAUGCCAAUUGUUUCUCAACUGACUUUAAGAUUAUACCAGUGGAGUUUGUGGUCAAGAUUCAGGAGGUGAAGGCUAAGGAGAGAGAGGAUGCCAUGUUUGAGUGUGUCUUGUCCCACCCCUUCCAAAAGAUUGUGUGGACUGGAAAGAAGAUCCCUCUCGAACAAGGGGACAAGUUUGACAUCACUGUGUCAGAAGACCACCUCAUUCACAGCUUAAAAGUGAAAGAUUGUGCCCAAGUCGACAAAGGAGUCUACACUGCCAUGGCUGGCAUUACCUCCUGCAACGCUUGGCUUAUUGUGGAAGCCGAUAAUGACCCAAACAUGCGUGGGGGAAAAGCGUCCCGUAAAACCACCACUGCUGGUGGUGGAGGAGAGAACCUGGCUAAGAUAGCCGCAGAGCAGUCAGCUAAGCUGCAGAAGGAAAAGGAUGACCUGGAUGCAGCCAGACGGGCCCAAGCAGAGAAGGAUGCUGCGGAUGCAGCCAGACAGUCCCAAGCAGAGAAGGAUGCUGCGGAUGCAGCCAGACGGGCCCAAGCAGAGAAGGAUGCUGCGGAUGCAGCCAGACGGGCCCAAGCAGAGAAGGAUGCUGCGGAUGCAGCCAGACGGGCCCAAGCAGAGAAGGAUGCUGCGGAUGCAGCCAGACGGGCCCAAGCAGAGAAGGAUGCUGCAGAUGCAGCCAGACGGGCCCAAGCAGAGAUGGACCCUGCGGAUGCAGCCAGAUGGGCCCAAGCAGAGAAGGAUGCUGCGGAUGCAGCCAGACGGGCCCAAGCAGAGAAGGAUGCUGCGGAUGCAGCCAGACGGGCCCAAGCAGAGAAGGAUGCUGCGGAUGCAGCAGGAGCCGGAGCAGGUGCCGGAGAGGGGGAUGGAGAAGGACAUGGAGGUAAAGGUGUUCAAUUCCUUAAUGGACUGGUUGAUAUUACUGGCAGCCUCGGGGAAACAGCAGAACUGUCCUGCAAACUGAGCCAUGAGAACUGUGAGGGAGUCUGGCUUAAAGACGGGCAACUACUAACCAAUGAGGAUGGGCUGAAAAUCAUCCAAGAUGGAGCCAGUCACAAGCUGGUAAUUGAAAACUGUAAAAAAGACGAUGCAGGAGUCUAUUCAUUUGAGGUGGAUGGUCAUAAAUCUGAGGCAAAGUUCACUGUUUCAGAUCCAGGUGCUCAAUUCGUUGGAUGCGGACUCUCUGAUAUCGAAGUUAAAUUUGAUGAAACAGCAGAGCUGUCCUUGACACUAAGCAGUCCGAAUGUUGAGGGGUUCUGGUUUAAAGACGGGAAAGAGGUACCUCGUGGUGACAGGGUGAAAAUCAUCAAAGAAGGAGCUAGUCACAGGCUGGUCAUUGAUAACUGUAAAAAAGACGAUGCAGGAAUCUACCACUUUGAGGUGGAUGGUCGUAAAUCCAAGGCAACGCUCACUGUGCAGGGUGCUCAAUUCAGCAUUGGACUGUCUGAUGUCGACGUUAAGCUUGACGCAACAGCAGAGCUACUCUGUGAAGUGAGCAGUCUAAACAUUGAGGGGGUCUGGUAUAAACAUGGAAAACAGGUAACUCCUGAUGACAGGGUGAAAAUCAUCACAGAUGGAGCCUGUCACAAGCUUGUCAUUGAUUGCUGUCGAAAAGAUGAUGGAGCAGUCUAUCGCUUUGAGGUCGAUGGUCGUAUAUCAGAGGCCACACUCACUGUUCAGCCUGUUCAAUUCAUUUUGGGAGUGGCUGAUGUCCAAGUUAAAAUCUGCACACCAGCAGAGCUGUCCUGCAAACUGAGCAGUCCAAACUGUAAGGGGAUCUGGUAUAAAGACGGAUUUCAGGUACCUCCUGAUGACAGGGUGAAAAUCAUCAAAGAAGGAGCCUGUCACAAGUUGGUCAUUGAUAACUGUAAAAAUGACGAUUCAGGAGUCUAUCGCUUUGAGGUGGAUGGUCGUAUAUCUGAGGGAUCACUCACUGUGCAGAACCCGCCAACAUUCAACAUGGAUUCUCUGAGAGAAUUCUCUAAGCCGGUCAUUGUGAGAGCAUGUGAAACGGCUGAGUGGAAAUUGGCCUUUUCGGGUGGUGACCCAAUGAAGAUCAAGUGGAUCAAGGAGGAUGAGGAACUCCUGGAAGGCCUCAAUGUCAAGAUAGAACAGACUGACAUAAAAGCCGGCUUGUGUAUUACCGAUUGUCAAAGGAGGAACUGUGGAGAGGUCAAAAUCAAUAUAAAAAAUGACUAUGGUACAUUGGAAGCCACAUCCAGACUGAUUGUUCUUGACAAACCCACACCGCCACAAAGACCUGUGGAAAUUGUGGAAACUUCUCUAACCGCCAUUGAAUUCAAAUGGAAACCCCCAAAGGAUGACGGUGGCUGUCCAGUCAAACACUACAUUUUGGAGCGCCAGCAGGUGGGGGGAAGCAAGACAUGGACAAAUGUAGGGGAGCUCCCAAAUGACCCCCUUAAAUACAGGGAUACUAAUGUAAAGCCUGGGAAAAGAUACUGUUACCACAUCAGAGCCAAGAAUGAGGAGGGAGUCAGUAAUGCGUUGGAGACAGAGGACAUCCAGGCUGGCAUAUUGUGUUACCCAGGACCCCCUUCGGCACCCAAAGUGGUCAGUGCCUUCAAGGACUGCAUCAACCUGGUUUGGUCUCCCCCUAUCAACACUGGAGGAACUGAAACUUGGGGUUACAACCUUGAGAGACGCAAGAAGGGAAGCAACUUUUGGAGCCCUGCAAACCUAGAUGGUCCUAUCAAAGACACAACGUUUGCAUUGAAAGAUGUUAUUGAGGGAGCAGCUUAUGAAUUUCGAGUGUCAGCUAUUAACAUCUCUGGUGUCGGCGAGCCCAGUCCUCCCUCUGUUAUAGUCUUUGCCAGAGAUCCCAAGAAACCCCCUGGUAAAGUCAUAGACCUUAAGCUAACAGAUUCCAGUUACACCACGUUUUCUCUGGCUUGGACUAAACCAAAGGAGGUGGAAGGGGUGGAGGAUGAGGCCAAAGGCUACUUUGUGGAGAUCAGACCAAAUGAGAGCCCAGAGUGGACUCGCUGUAACAUCAACCCCAUCAUUCCCACCUCCUUCAAUGUGAUUGGCCUGAAGGCAAUGGGAAUGUUCUGGGUGAGAGUGAUCGCCACAAACGAUGGAGGCGAGGGCGAGCCCCAAGGCUUUGAUAAUUACAUCAUCGCCAUGCCUCCGCCUGUGAGGCCACAAUUUACAGGAAAAAUGAAGAGCUUCAUGGUUGUGAGAAAGGGGAAUACUGUACGGUUCAACAUCAACUUUGAGGCCUCUCCUUUGCCAGAUAUCUAUUGGUUGAAAGACUGCGUGCCUUUGUCCAAACGUGUCACCAUCACCAACUCUGACCGAGGUUCACAGCUUCUGAUCCCCACGUCAGAGCGCUCUGAUACGGGCAUCUUUACCAUCAUUGUGAAGAACAUGGUCGGUCAGGAGACAUUCAGUGUCGAGAUCCGAGUCACAGAUGAUCCCAAGCCUCCUGGCCCGGUGGAGUUGGAACAGAAUGUUCCUGGAACAGUGACUGUGACCUGGACUCCCUCCCCAGAUGAGAAGAAGGAUGACAGGCUGCACUACGUUGUGUACAAACGUGACUCUGUCAAGCGCACCUGGAGGAUGGUCGCUGACAGCCUCUUCAACCAUAAGUUCACAGUUAUCAACAUUCUACCCGGCAGAGAGUAUAACUUCAGAGUGUUUGCUAAGAAUGACAUGGGCCUCUCAGAACCUGCUGUGUCCCCUACAUGGAGAACCACAAGGAGAAAAGAUAAGUUCAUACUGGACAUGCCAGACGUAAAGGGCUUGGAUCUUCAGUGUCCACCAUCGUUUUUACUCCGAUUGAAAAUCCGCACCGCUCCACCAGGCUACGAGUGCUACAUGAGUUGUGCUGUACGAGGGGAUCCAAAACCCCAUGUCACAUGGUACCAUAACAACGUCAGCCUCAACACCAACACCAACUACCUUAUCACCAACGUGUGUGGGGUCUGCACAAUGCUCAUAUUGAAGAUCGGACCCAAGGACAGCGGUGACUACAGUGUCAUCGCAGACAGUCCCUUGGGCAGGGCAGAGUGCUCCACCAAGCUCACAGUCAGAGAGUGAAGAGUUCACCCAGAUGAUUGAUUGGCAGCAGCUGGCAACACAAACUUAUGUAUUGACCUAUCAUAGUCUUCAAAUAGACUAGGUGUUGUGUGUGUGUGGAGGCUCAGAUGCCCUUUUUCUUUUUUCAAAAUGGUACACUCUUAGUUUUCUAUGUGCUCACAUGUAAUGUGUCCUUCUAUUUAUUCUAGUUGUUAAAACAUUGCAAAGCAUGAAAUGAACAUGACAAGACAAACACAUAUCACUAACUUUUGCGAAAGUGUCUUUAUAUAUAUAUAUAUAAAUAAGUAAAGUGAAGAGACAAAUCUACAUAGGCUAGAUAUGGAAAUUAGUUUAGCCUAUUCAUUUAAUUAAUAUGGGGAUUCCAUAUAAUAUUGGUAAUUAAGAGUGAUAUUAUGGGUAUUUCAAUUCAUAAUACAGAUGUAUCAAUCUGUUCAUAUUUGAAUCAAAUUAUAUUUAAGUUACAUUUGUCAUUUAGCAGAUCCUCUUACCCAGAGUGACUUACAGGUUAAAUAAAGGUCAAGUGCUUUGCUCAAGGGCACCUCAACAGAUUUUUCACCUAGUCAGCUCGGGGAUUCAAACCAGCGAACUCUCACUUACUGGCCCAACGGUCCUAAUCAGUAAUCUGCCACCUUUCAGGCCCUUUUUCACAACACACUUGAUGUCAUGCACAGAUUGUGAGCGACUCUUGGCAGCAGUAAGAAAGCCUUCACCAUCUGCACCCAUUCAACAUAACCUAGAGUUACAUUUUUAUUACUUCUUAACAAAAUAUAAUUUUGGGUUCUCAUACACUUACAAUUAUGUUUUGAUUAUUGCUUGAACAGUCACUAAGAUUAUAUUUGGUUGUGAUCUUUGCAAAAUAACUAUUUUGGAUUCAGCAGUUGUUAGCAGUUGUUAGCUAUAAUACUAAUGGUCAUUGAGAAAGGCUGUAGCAAAAGCUAGCCAAAGAGAUAUUUUACUGGUCAAAGUUUAAGUGUUUUUUUAAGUAUAAUGCAUUUGAUUUGCGAUGAUGACACAAACAUUAUAUUAAGCAGGACAUGCAUAAUGUAUGAGCCUUAAAAUCCAAUUAUAAUCCAAAAGUAGUGUGAAAUGGACUCAUGAGAAACAUGUAAAUGGAGGCCUUUUUUGCUGGUGUUCUGACAACUCCCCCGUGUUCUGCCACCAAUUUGCGAUCAUCGUGUGGCAAUGUUUGCAAACACAGAAAGAGGUCUAUAAGUUUAAGUUUUAUUGUCACGUGCACAUACACCACCAUUCAUCCACCAGUGUUGGUUAACUACCAGACAGAUUUGUUGCCUAUGCGCCAGAAUCUUGCAAUCUUGCACGGGUGUGUAUUUACAUAAUUAUUCUGAAAGAAAACAGUGCUGCCACAAAAGUAUACUUUAUGGGGACAGCUAAACAGUGUUGCCUCAUCAACAGCUCAAUUAAAACGGUGCCCCCUUGGGGAUGCCCCUCCCAUCGGCACAAACUCAUUAAUUAAUUAAGCAAUCAUAAACAAGCAUACACUUUCCACUCAGCUAAACAUAUCAUGAAUUAUCUUCAUUGAACCAUUGCAAUCGGUUUAUCAUAAUACAAUAUAGCACAAUAUAUAAUACAUAUUCACAACCCCAUCACUACUGACAUGGUGUCUUCCAAUACGCCCAUUCACAUGAACACGCAAUUCAGAACAGGUACUACAAAUCCAGUUGAUUGCUGUAGCUCGGGUCCUUAUUCCAGCAUACCCGGAAGCUACUGGCACGGAUCCCAGGUACUGCUGCUCAUUCUGUUCACCAGUUCCGGAGGUCAACAUCACCAUCCUUCUAGGCUUCACUGAACUGGAUCAUUACCACCAACCCUGGUCUGUCUUGUCUGAUUACGCACACCUGGUUCCCAUUUCCCCUAAUUAGUAUGUUAUAAUUGCGCCCUCUGUUCCCCUUUGUCCUUGUCGGUUAUUGUUCCCAUGUCUGUUGGUCGUGUGAGUUGUUUCAGCUUUUGUGCUGCGUGUCUUGUGCAUGACGGGGUCUCGGCCUGUGUCGUUCUACGAGGUUUACCCUCGCUCUUUAGUAUGGGUACAUCUCAGUGUUUUGUAAAAGUGCUUGUUUUGGGUAUAUAAAAAAACAUAUAUUCCUGCAGCUGUCUCCCACUCCUUUAUAUCAGCGUGACAGCUACUGUAUAAAUGCCAAAAUAACAUGUUGCCACUGCAUUACACACAUUAUUCUAAACUCCCUUCAGUAAAAGUUUGGUAUGAUAUAAGGAAUUUGCUGACAAGCUGUCAUGUUUAAUUUAAGUGACGUUUAUUGUACUUAUCAAAUGUUUUGGAUGAGCAUUCUGUUUGUUUGUUUCUGUUCCUCUCUCUCUCUGUCUCAUGUCACAUAUCAGUUUGCAAAGAAUGUAAAAAAAAAAUUAUUGAGUUAAUGAAACCCCAUACAAACAUAAUGCAUUUUUUGCUUUCUCAAGUAAGGCAGCUCCAAAAUGCAGGUUUCAGCCUAGCUCAGUGCUUUCUGUGGUGGUGGGGCAGCCAGCGGAAAAUAC